AUGUGGCGUAUGGCGAGGCCUACCCAAUCCAACCAUACACUGCACAUGGCAGUUCUGCUGAAGCGCACAGAGAAAAAGCUUGCGGGUGAGGCGAAAGAGACUCAGAAAUUGAAGGACAGAAUGUCCUCGCAAGAUGGACCUGAGCAGGCUGAAAAGCUGAAAGAAGAGCUGGAGAAGUGGAAGCGAGAAGCAGGGACUCUAAGGAAGCAGGUUGAGGCCAUUCAGAAGCAGGCGACAAACCAAGCGACGGAGUAUAUGCGGCUCGAUACAGAGAACAGAUCCCUUCGGUCCCAGCUGGCAGACUUUGACAUCCUUCUGAACGGGCAGCAGAAGAAGGCAUCAUAA